GAGGGCGCUGCCGGGCCGCCCGUUCCCGACGGCCGUCGACAUGGUACUCACGUUCCUGGAGAAGGCUUCGGAGGACGGUGGCAAGCGGCGCGCAUCAUUUUGAGGUGUCACACCAUGUUCGGCUCCACCUGUGCUGUGAAGCGGCACUUUCUCCCCAAAGAGGGCAAAGGAG